CAUACUAAUACGCUCAACUUCUCAAAUUGAAAGGAACCGUGUACAAGCGUAACAAGGUACUUCGAAUUUUUACGUAUUAUCUGUGAAAAUGAAAGUCAAAGUGUUGAGAUUGAGAAUAAGUCAUGUAAAGAUGAAGAAAUUGGGCAUGUGCAUGGUGAUAAUUUUAGCGUUGAUGCUUCUCAUACGCUCGAUCAUCUACCGAAUUCAUCAUUUCACCACCCAGACCACCCAGGGUACAGAUCAUUUGAUUAAAAGAAAUCCAAUUUUACAAGUUGUUCAUUUGGACCUGAAAGGAGCUCCUCCCAAGAUGUCUUAUCUGAUACACCUUUUACCAAGACUAAGUAGCAUCGGAGUCAAUGGUUUAUUGGUAGAAUAUGAAGAUAUGUUUCCGUACGAUGGUGAACUUGAAAAAAUCCCAUCUAAAUCACAUUACUCUAAAGAAGAAGUUUCACGAUUUUUGAAAUACUGCGCCGAACUAAACAUCGAAGUUAUUCCACUGAUUCAAACGUUCGGGCAUAUGGAAUACAUUUUGAAGAAACGAGAAUUCAGUGAUCUGCGAGAAGAUCCGGAAGAUUCUCGUGCAAUUUGUCCAUCGAAUGAUCGUUCGUUGAAAUUGAUUAAAGAAAUGAUUCGUCAGGUUUUGGCUUUACACAAGUUUAGCAAAAGAAUACAUAUCGGUUGUGACGAAGUAUCUGGCUUAAACAUGUGUCCAAGAUGCCUGGAAAAACGAAAAUCUACAAUGGAAACUUUCAUCGAUCACGUAAAACAAGUAGCAAUGCAUAUUCAAGUCAGUUACAAUAAUUCAUUUACCACGCUUAUAUGGGACGAUAAGCUACGUUGGAUACCGUAUGAUCUCGUGAAUGGAUCAAAUUUACACCAAUAUGUCGAAGUUGUAAUCUGGGAUUACACUCCAGAACUUGAAGUUGAUAAAUAUCCAUUUUGGAAUAUGUAUACGAGCCUUUUCAAAAAAAUCUGGAUAGCUGGUGCAUUCAAAGGAGCCGAUGGUGAAACAGAAAUAUUACCAUGGAUGAAAACACGUUUUAUGAAUCACGAAUCUUUGCUGAAGUUACUUGAAAAAACUUCAUCAAAUACGGUAGCAGGCUUCAUAUCCACUGGAUGGUCCAGAUAUAGUCAUAACUUACCAUUAUGCGAACUGCUCCCCGCAUCGAUUCCUUCUUUGUUUUUGACUUCUUUGAAAGUAGCAGCUACCUUGGACUCAUCCCGCAGGCCUAAUUAUUUGGACGAUUAUAAGGAUAUCCUUCUAUGUGAUCUCGUUGAACGUUGUCCUCUAAGAUUUUGUUUUGGGUCAGAAUAUCGCAUUGAGGUUUUCUACGACAUAAGCUUUUCACGACACUGCUCAUUUCCAGAAUCUCGUCUUGUAGUCAGUACUUGGGAAUUGCAACAACUUCAAAACCAGAUUAAGCAUUUAUGCGAUGGAUUAAUCAAAAAAUACAGUUGGGAUUGCGAGGACCCUUUAAAAAGUAACACGCUGCAAAUCCAAUUCUUGAAUAUUAAUGGUAUCAAUGAACAUUUGAAAGCCGAGUCUUUCGAUUUGAUUAUAUCGCAGUUUCAUCGUGUUAACAUCUCGCUCAGUCAAGAAAUGGAAAUAUUUUUCAACGAAAAUACUAUUAAAGAAUGGUUUAAAACACACGUCGAACCUUUUUCGUGGAAAUUGAAGAGUAUGAACUCCACUCUCCACUUAAUUACUUCAAACGAAUAGGUAACGACCGGCUUUCCAGAGAAUUUGUAUCAGCAUGAUAUGUAUUGUACACGAGUAGGUAUACCUAUAUUCUGAAUGAUUAAACAAUAAGUUCGUUUAUAAAUACGUGUAUAGUUCGUAUUUUUAUGCAAAGCCUGUAAUUUUAGAAUGCCUGAUGAUAAUAAAACACGUAUCAGUUACAGUGUAUUUUUGUGGU